GGCGGCGCCUCCGAUCGCGUGGCCUGGGGUCAGCCCCUGGUGGAGGACGAGCCAGGACAUCAGCGCCGCGGCCACGGGCUGCAGCGUCUGGAAGCUGGUCACGGUGGCGGGAGAGCUCUCGCGGGUGGCCCACGCAAGCACCGUGUAGUUGUAUGCCGUGGUCAGGAACACCGAGAACAGCAGGGCGAACAGCGCCCCGCCGCUGUCCCCCAGCCGCCACGCGAGGGGGUCGAAGGCGGCGGUGCACAGGGCGCCGAGCAGCAGCACCACGGCGGCCACGAAGAACGCCGCGGACGCGACCAGGGCCGGCGGGUAGAGGUGGACGACGGCCUUCUGGAGGACCACGUAGAGGCCGCCGCCGCAGACGUUCAGCAUCAGGCACGGGAGGCCGCGGAGGUAGUCUCCGUCCACGGCGCGGCCGAUGUCGUGGCCCUCCCCGUGGCGGGCGCCCAUGACGACCACCACGACGGCGCCCCCGCUGGCGAGCGUGAUGCCCACCGCCCGGAACACAGUGAGCGUCUCGAUCCCCAGAAGGGCCGAGGCCACGCUGGCGACGAUGGGCAGCAGGGGCUGGAAGACGGAGACGGUCAGCGCCGGCAGCCGCUCGAGCGCCAGCAGGUUCCCGCCGAUAUGUUGCACGACAUCAGGAGUCCCAGCAGCACGACUCGGGGCCGGUGCUCGGCGGCGAUGGCGCCCAGGCCCCGGCUCGCAGUCGACGGCUCCGCGCCGCUCUUGCCAGCCCAGCCGAGCAGCUGGUUCCCCCACAGCAUCACCUGCUCGCCGCCUUUGCGAUCAGCGCCCAGCAGCCGUACACGAAGGCCACCGAGGUCAGCGCCGCUGGCAAGACCCAGGCAAUCACGGUCAUCUUGGCCUCGCCAGCACUGCACAUGUCGUCUUCCUGGACGGGCGCAUAUCUUGUGGCAGACAUGUGUGCACGGGGCGGUCG